ACGAGAGCUGGAAAGACUGCGACUGGCGGCGGCGCGGCGACUGGCAAGACUGGGACGGCGGCGGGCGCGGGGCGUGGCGCGGCUCCGACCGCGGGCUUGACGAGGGCCGCGGCUCCAGCUGGGGCCGCGGCCGCCGCGAGGAGGACGAGCGGCGGCGCGAGGGCGAACACGAGAUGGAGGAAUACUCGUACUACGAGGACGAUGACGAGUUCGACCCACCCGGGCCCGGGCGAGGGGCGCCCUCGCGCGGCAGCCGCUCGCCCUCGCACUCCCGCUGCAGCCGCCGCGCGGGCGACACCGCGCGGGCGCCCGCUGCGCUGCUGGGCGACGAGGACGACCGCCGCGGUGGCGGCCGCCGCGCCGCGCCGGCGGCGUCGCCAGCGGCGCAGAGCAGGAGCAGAGACGCAGACCAGGUGGGCUCGCGCGUGGGCUACGGCUACAGCGGCCGCCACAG